CCAGUUCAGCAAAUCACAGCACAAGCUGCAGGAUAUAGAACAAUAUGUGACAUUGUAUGUCAUGCCAAGGUCUGUGGCUUCAGGAAGCUUUCAUCCACUAUUACUGUAUGGAUAUUUGUGCUUUAUUUUGAUGUUUAUUUUAUGUAUAAUGGUGCAUCAAUCUCCAAACCAUGGGUUUGGCUAAUUGAACGUUAAUGAUUAGUUGUGCUCUACUCACACAAGUUGGUUUCGCAACUAUUUAUUAAAUUAUGUAAGCAAUGGGAUUUGAUAAGAGUGCAGUCUGUGCUUUUUGAACGACUUGCAUAAUUCAAAUUAGUAUUCAUUUAAAUUGGGAGAUAUCGUCAUGGGUUUGGGUGGUGUAAUUGCUGGUGUAACUGCAGUGCAUUUUUGAUUUUCUAUUUUCAUUUAUUCACUGGAGCUUCAUUGGCAUUAAUCACCUAUAUUGGACUGCCCCAACAAUGUCGCUUGCUAAGCUAGUAUUGAGGCAGUUAAGAGUUGACCAUAUUGCUGUGUAUUUGGUGUUAUACACGAGCAAGAGCAAAUAAGGAUGGGUGAAAUUCUUAGAGACACAAGAGGCACCAGUUGCCAUAUUCUGGAGCAAAAUAUAAACUGCUGAAAUAUUCUAUUUUGUUAAAUCCUUCAGCAUUUUCUUUUUUGCUCCAGAUUACAGCAACUGGCGCCUCUUGUGUUCUUGCUUUGGGAGAAUUUAUUCUGUAAUGGGCAUGUCUUUACAAUAAUCUCAGUAUUUUAUCUCAUCGUUUGUAUUGUAGGUUUAAUUAAGUUCCCUAGCUGUAGCUGCCACAGUGGGAUUCAUAUACGUGUCUCCAGAUCAAUCAGACUUUAAAGGCUAAUCCGGUCUGUUGGAAGAACAUGGCUCAAGAAACCAAUCAGACUCAAGUGCCUAUGCUGUGCACCACAGGCUGUGGAUUUUAUGGGAACCCACGAACGAAUGGCAUGUGUUCUGUUUGCUAUAAGGAUUUUCUUCAAAGGCAAAACAAUAAUGGCAGAAUCAGUCCUGCAUCUGCCAACUUGAGCAGUUUAACAGAUGUGUAUCCUGUUCUAUGCACAGAAGGAAGCCCCCCCGAAAUACCAUCAUCAUUCUCCUCUUCGUCCACAUCUGGCCAUUCUAGUCCACAACCAUUAAUGGGAAGAGGGAAAAGGGGAAGAAAGCAAAAAGAGAAGAAGGGAAGAUCUAUUAAAAGAGAGGGAAGAAAGGGAAGGAAGAGAUCGGUGACCAACCAGUUGCUGUUACUAUCCCAAGAAUCUGUCACAAAUCCCCAAAAUGAUGGGGAACAUACAGAAGAUAAACAAGAAAUACCCAAAAAGGAGUUACAGGCUUCUACAUCAAAAGAAAUUGCACAGACUUCUUCUAAUGGACAGGACAAGUCCCCUGAAAAACCCAAACAGAAGAAGAACCGCUGUUUUACCUGCCGUAAGAAAGUGGGACUUACAGGAUUUGAUUGCAGAUGUGGAAAUCUGUUCUGUGGAUUACAUCGUUAUUCUGAUAAACACAGUUGUCCUUAUGAUUACAAAGCCGACGCGGCUGAAAAAAUAAGGAAAGAAAAUCCUGUUGUAGUUGGAGAGAAGAUCCAGAAGAUUUGAACUGCUACUUACAUUAAAUUUUUUUCUUUUAAACCACGUGAACCUAAUUAAACAGCGGAGAGGAUAAGCUGAGCUUUGUAGUUCAUUCUGGGAAUAUGGAGCUUUGUACUGCAUAGAUCUUUAAAUCAUGCAUGCACGGACAAUGGAACCUGAGAACUGACUGUUCUUUCACUUUUCUUUGAAUAUUCUGUGGUUGGAAAAUAACUGCAUAUUUAGAGGCAUCUAUUUUACAGUCAUAUUAAUCUUAGUUGAGUGUCAAGCUUAUUUUUAACACACAAGUGGAAGUAUUGGAAGGCUGUGCUUUACCAAUAUUUACGACAUGGUUCAGAUUUGCAUUUGUUUUGUGUACGUGGCCUUUCUCUGCAGCACGAUUUUCUAACAUAGCAGGGCACAAAAGGGCCUAUCAGUAACUGAAUGUAUGCUAACCUCUGCUUUGUUCCGUUCAUGAGAAGGCCCCCAUGUCUCGGCAUUCUGGCUUGUUUGCUGCUCCAUUUCAUUAUUUAUGUACUUCAAGCAAAUAUAUGUGGUUUGAUUUCUCAAUAUGUAUCCUGAAUGGAAAGACUCCAUACGCACCUCAGUGCAGACUACAAGUAUAAUCAGAGAAAUGCUGUGAUGCCUAACUCUGAGCAUAUACGAAACACAGGAUGGUAAUUAUGCUGUAUUUAUGUUAGUUUAUUCACUGUCUUAACUUUGAUUAAAUAAAGUUAUAAAGGAAAUCUUAA